AAACAAAUUUAAAUACAACAGAAAUGGCAAGACUUGGUUCAACAAAUCAGACGACUCAGAGAGCGGUGAUUGCAUUGACAUUAAUGGGUGUCUGUGUUUUGGCCACAAUCUCUAUGUCGUCCGCAAGAUAUUUACCCACAAGAAGUGAUGAGUCGAGACGGGAACGCAUUAAGGAAGUCCUUCGUAUGCUAUUGGAUUUACCCGAUGAUGACGGUGUCGACUAUGGAAUGACUGAAUAUGACUAUCAAAGCGCUGACAGUCAACCAGUUUCUCAAAUUAAUACACAAAAAUACAGCUCUGAUAGAAAACAGUUAAUCAAAUUAUAG